CGCCGGCUUGCGGUCGGUGUGGCGCCGGUAUUGGUUCCAGAAGCCGGAGCGGGCACGUUCCCUGGACAGGCGUCAGGGCUAUGGUCGCCAGCUUCCGAAGGCCCGCUUUGCAUCUCAGCCCGAUCCUGAGCGCGAACCUGAACUGUCUCCUCAGCCCAGUCCCCUGGAGCGGUCGGCCGCUCCCCGGGCGCGCCCCCUCCGAUGGCGGCGGAGAUCCAGCCCCAGCCCCUGACCCGCAAGCCGAUCCUUCUGCAACGGGUCGAGGGGUCUCAGGAGGUGGUGAACAUGGCGGUGAUCGUGCCUAAGGAGGAGGGUGUCAUCAGCGUCUCGGAAGACAGGACAGUUCGUGUUUGGUUAAAGAGGGACAGUGGACAGUACUGGCCAAGCAUAUACCAUGCAAUGCCUUCUCCAUGUUCAUGCAUGUCUUUUAACCCGGAAACAAGAAGACUGUCCAUAGGUCUAGACAAUGGUACAAUCUCAGAAUUUAUUUUGUCUGAAGAUUAUAACAAGAUGACGCCUGUGAAGAACUAUCCAGCACAUCAGAGCAGAGUGACGAUGGUCCUGUUUGUUCUGGAGCUGGAGUGGGUGCUGAGCACUGGGCAGGACAAGCAGUUCGCCUGGCACUGCUCUGAGAGUGGGCAGCGCCUGGGAUGUUACCGCACCAGUGCUGUGGCCUCGGGCCUGCAAUUUGAUGUUGAAACCCGUCAUGUGUUUAUUGGUGAUCACUCGGGCCAAGUCACCAUCCUCAAACUGGAACAAGAAAACUGCACACUGCUAACGUCCUUCAGAGGGCACACAGGAGGGGUGACAGCACUCUGCUGGGACCCGGUCCAGCGUGUGCUAUUCUCAGGCAGUUCCGAUCACUCCGUCAUCAUGUGGGACAUCGGCGGGAGAAAAGGGACAGCCAUCGAGCUCCAAGGACACAAUGACAAAGUCCGAGCCCUCUCCUAUGCACAGCACACAAGGCAGCUCAUCUCCUGUGGCGGUGACGGUGGCAUUGUUGUCUGGAACAUGGAUGUGGAAAGGCAGGAGACCCCUGAGUGGUUGGACAGUGAUUCCUGCCAGAAGUGUGACCAGCCUUUCUUCUGGAACUUCAAGCAAAUGUGGGACAGUAAGAAAAUUGGCCUAAGACAGCACCACUGCCGGAAAUGCGGGAAGGCCGUGUGCGGCAAGUGCAGCUCCAAGCGCUCUUCCAUCCCACUCAUGGGCUUUGAGUUUGAAGUCCGGGUCUGCGACAGCUGCCAUGAAGCCAUCACAGACGAAGAACGCGCACCCACAGCCACCUUCCAUGACAGCAAGCACAACAUUGUGCAUGUGCAUUUUGAUGCCACCAGGGGAUGGCUGCUGACUGCUGGGACUGACAAAGUGAUUAAGUUGUGGGAUAUGACCCCAGUAGUGUCAUGAUAUCUCACCCAAGGACUAGAAGAUGGUUUUCACUAAAGAAACACUUGUUUGAGCCUGAAAUCAUCACGGGAGAAGCACAGAAUGCAUAUGAGCAGGAAGAGAGACUGAAGGCUCCGAGUGAAUCUGUGUUCUCCCUGGACUGUGGGGUGAACUAGUGGAAGAGUGCUCUCGGGACUCUUCAGCUGUCCUUACCUGUAAAAGAAGAUAUUUUUUUAUCAAAUGGUUUAUUCAGCCUGGCUGCGCUGUGUUGUGUUGAAUGCAUUGGAAAAUCUGUGUGGGGUGUUAAAGCUUCCGUGUUCUAGCCUUCCAUUAAACUCAUUGCUUUCUGUGUCGGGGGCGGGGGGAGAAGAGAGAGAGAGAAAUACCUGUGGAAGGUGUUAUGUCGUAUAAAACAGUGUCCACAUUUUCUUCACCUCAGCAUGUACCAGACGGAGCCUUUCUCUUCCCUUAAGUCUUCCUCUGGCCGCACUCCUCUCGCCAGGGUGUGUGAGUACAGUUUGUUCUGCUUCCGUGGCCAGAUAAGAGUUGGAAAACCAUGCGUGUCCACAGCUGGCCUCUUGAGUCACCUGUGGGGAGCAAUUGUGCUGUCGGCAGUGCCUGUGACUCCGCUUCUGUGGUCUCUUUAGUCCACACUAGGAAAUGCUUUCAGAAACUGCUGUCCCCACCACCAGCCCAGACAGCGGUCAUGUGACUCAGCCUCACCCAGCAGUGCCUGUGUCUUUCCGAAUUCAGUGAGGGCUGCUUGAGCCUUUUGCAUUUUGGACUUGGGGAAUUUUGGUUUUUUGAUUUUGUUUUUAUAGCUUUCCUUUGCUCAUAAUAUGAAAGACAAGCAAAAACAUCCAAGCUCCAGAAGUGUCUUGAAGGUGCGUCUUUCUACGUGGUGUUGUCUCUAAAUGUGAACAUUUAUAGCUUACAGAUUAGUGCCCCAUCUCUUCAGCCGUUCAUAUUUAGCUCCCUUUUAAAACCAGGUACUUAAGCAUCUUUAUGGGAAUGUACACUCUUCUGUGAAGCCAGCUGUGAUCUAAACAGAAGCACAGAGGCACAGAGAAACGAGCAGGGUUCUCCUAGGGAAAUCAGUCCAGCUUGAUAAGGUGCAGUCCAAAGGACUCACUUUGGAAUAUCAAGGUACAUUAAAAGUAGUAGCAAGCCCGUGCCUGGAAAAAGGCCUGUCCAGUCACCUCACACAUGCUCCCCCAUCAGGAAUAUCAGUGGGGCUGCCAGGUCAGAGUCUCGUGGGUAAACAGGCUGAUUGCUUGCCCUGCCUUUCCAUGUCACAACUCCGCUGUGUCUUCUUCACUCCUGACUUGACAGGUAUUUCCUGGCAGGAAGUACGGAAAUGGAAUUACAGCCCUCCCCUUUUAUUUUGGUCCCGUUCCUAGAAAAGCCGUUUCCCUCCUGUCAUCGUUGCUUCUCUUUCUGGAGGAAGCUGCAGUAGUCAUACUCUAACAGCCCAGAGUGCUUCCUAGGACACAGCGUCCUGGAGUCCCUUCUGCUGCCUGGCACUGGGAAGCAGGGCUGGUGUACUCCUCCCACAGCCACGCCCCUGGCAACUGUGAUGUGAGAGCAGAACUCUGCACACACUCCAGGAAGUUGUCACCACUGUGGUUUAACAGCCCAUUCCAUGAAAUGCCACCUAGGUGUGUUCUCUGUGUGACUGCUCCAUUACAGAGCCUUGAAGAGGGACUCAGAGCUAAAAUACUCAAAUAUCGAUGAUAUGGUUGAUGCUAGAAUCUCCGGCCUCUCCGCAAGUUGUAGAGAACUGUCUGUUGGAAAUCAGUCAUGGAAGUCUCUGAACGGAAGCAUGGCUGCAUAUGGGGAAGGAAAUACGGUAUUAGGAAAGCGGAAGCUCGGGCACCCAGCAAGCCUGUGUGGAUUUCCGCUCAUGUAUGGAUGAAUUCAGACUCCUAGGAAACGAAUUGUCUUCAUUAGAACCCUUUAUACUCUUGGAUGGCCCUUCAUACCUCUCUAGUCACCUCCCAGCUACAGCGCAUCCUGAAGAGUCCCCAGAGGUUGAAGCUUCACAGUGAUGAAAAUCAUGGUUGUCACCACAGAUAACCAGGGUCUCCACGGCUCUGCCCUUUCCUGUUACCCAUGUGACUACCGAAUCCAUUGAAAGGAGUGCAUCAGAACAGCUACCUAUGCACAGAGCAGUGCAGUGUGGGAUGCUUGUGUCUGCCUGGUGUUCUUGACGCACAGAGAAGUGGGUGCUGGCUCUGAUAGGUUUCCAAGCAUUCUCUGAAAAAGAAGACUUUGUCUAUCAGACAUGAACACUGGCACGGUGCUUGGCUUGUGUCUCUUCUGAGCAAAAGAAUCACAAGUCUGUCUCUCCCUUAGCAAAAAUUGAUUUUAGAAAUAAGUUCUUGGCCCAGCACUUGGGAGGCAGAGGCAGGCGGAUCUCUGUGAGUUCGAGACCAGCCUGGUUUACAAGAGCUAGUUCCAGGACAGGCUCCAAAGCUACACAGAGAAACCCUGUCUCGAAAAACCAAAAAAAAGAAAUAAGUACUUGGAAUUUUGUGUCCUUUUAUAAAAGGUUAGUCAACAUAAUGUGUUUCUCAUUUAAUUGUUUGAAUUAUUCAUGAAAUUUCAACAUUGGAAGGGAAUCUUAAGAUCUUGAAUGUCCUAGGUUAGGCACACCGGGCUGUUAGAUAGAGCCACGGUAAAACGAAGAGAAUCUCAAAGAACACUCAAAAAACUGGCAUUUGUUAUUACCAAUGGCAGCCCGAGUAGACAGAAGUAAUCCCUUGCGUGGGGUAGGAAGUCUCUGGAAUCAGGUUGGAUACUGUCUUGAGAAAAUUUGACAUAACUUUGGGUGUCUGCCUGUGGUUCCGAGUGGAGCCUGUUUACCCAAAGGCAGGUAGUCCUGCUUACCCCUGUGUGUCAUACCCCACCAACCACCCUGGGGACAAAGUUGAAUCUCACAGUCAGGGCUCUGGAGUUCCCACCGCCCUGCUGUCUAAGGGCUACUCCACCGAGUCUGGGCUUCCGACGUCCGUCCUUGGGAGACACGACCUCAGCAUCUCAGAAUCAUGUUUCUAAAGUGUACUGUGGUUUUGUUUAACACCAAUCCUUAGAAAGCUUGAAUUUCAACUUCAAAGCAAAAAAAUAGCUUGGAACUAUGUGUCACAGUUGGUUCACAGAAAUAUUCAUUAAUGGGGCCUUUGGUUUCGUUUUUUCCUAAUAUUUAAAUAUAUAUAUAUUUGUAUAUAUGUGAGUUUAUUCACUAAGAUUUAUAUUUUAAAGUAAAAGAUAAACAUUUUUCCAAAGUGCUCUUAUUUUUCUUUCCUUUAAAAUAACAUUAGGGUUCAUUUUUUGUUGGUGUAAAGGUAGAUAGAUACUCAGCACCUCGCUGAAGUGACACUUAAUGGUUUGUCACCUUUUCAAGCUGUAAGCCCUACCAGGGAAUGUCUGUGUGUUCUGUAAACUGUAGCUCAGCUCGACAGCCAAGAACUACCCACUAAUUUUCUGGGGAUUGGGUCUGCAUUUUCACGUUGGAUUCCCACCGAGAAGCCUCAGGGCUACCACGGGCAGCAGUGUGUGUUGCUGGCAUGAGGUCCUCCCUUGGACUUCCCACGCCAGAGCCUGUUAUCAAAAGGCGUUGAAAAGGAGAUCAGAUCUCUGAGUGAGGCAUGAAUUCCACCGGAGUGCUUCUAGACUUGUGACUCUGACUCUAUGAAUGUUGCUUAUUCCGAGACCAACCUAGUUGUCGUCAGCCGCCAGCUGCAGAACCCACCUCACUCAGGCAUCUGAAAACUUUCUGGUCUGUUCCAUCUAGGACCUAGUAGGUGUGGUUUUAGAUAAAGAUGGUAAACAUAUUUGUUAGUACUAUCUCGUUUAAGAUGCCCAAAGUGUUUACCUUUAGGGGCUGAGGGAGUCUGACUGAGGAGACAAAGUGUUUAGGAAAUUCAGAUUGGUUCAAAAGGUAGGUUUCAAUUCUGAUUUUAAAUAUUUCUAUUUUCUCUUGGUUCUUUGAGGUGUAUGAGAGGGUGAUUUUUAUUUUUAAAGGGAAAGCAGCUUGAGUGUGUACAUCUCAUUGUUUCAAUGGAUAUGGAGCCUUUCAUUCAUAGCAUAUGCCAGUGUGAGCUCUGGACCAAAUACUCACAUCACCAUUGCCCUUGUUCUGUGUGUGCUUGCAAUUCAUGCCAUUUUCCUUGCAUUGUAAGUGGCUUUUUCAAGGUAUCGUUGUUCUGGGGAGGGAAACAAUCUUACAUGGCAAGCGUAAAAACUGUUACUACCUGGACAGCAGGGAAGCUACUAACCUCCCCCACCAUCAUGCCUGCCCAUGCUGUAUCUUAGCCAGGGACUUGGGCUCUUCCCUUUGCACAGCUGCCACCUGGGCAGCUGUAAGUUUGUUACUUUAUGGCUAUCUUUUCCCAGAAAACUCGGGAACUAGGAGAUUAGGCAAGGACUCAGCUAAGCAUGCUGUAAAGCCCAAGCCUAGAAGCUGGAACAGGCAUCUCCAUGGUGGCUCUAGCCAAACCCCUCUGGCUCUGUGCUCUGUGCCACGGGAUCCCACCAGCCAGACCCACCGCUCCUGAGCCUGACCUGAUGUGAUGAGGUGGUACCGAGUGAGAAUACUCUGUGACAUUAAGAUGACUGAACCCAUGCAAAUGUUGCUCGACACUGUGAAUGUCUCUCUCUCCUUGUUUUCCCCUGAACUGCCCUCCAGCCUCUCAUGUAUGUGUAGCCUCUGCCAGUGUACGGCUCUCAGAGCAGUAGCCUCUGUGGCUCAGAAUAAAUGUCCAAACAUCUGA